CGAGGCCAACGCCAUUUUGUUCGGUAUCCAGAGGUGAGAGGACGUAGUUGAUUUCCUUAAUAUUUAAAAAUCUUUCAUCACCAUGAGUGGAUGUCGUGUGUUUAUUGGCCGUCUGAGCCCUCAUGCUCGUGAAAGGGAUGUGGAGAAGUUCUUUAAAGGCUACGGACGUAUCCGGGAGAUUAACCUGAAAAACGGGUUUGGCUUUGUGGAGUUUGACGACUACAGGGAUGCAGAUGAUGCAGUGUAUGAACUGAAUGGCAAAGAGCUGUGCAGUGAGAGGGUGACCAUUGAGCAUGCCCGCUCUCGCAGAGGAAGAGGUGGUGGCCCAGGAAUGGGAGGACGUUUCUCUCCACGCUUUGGAGGUUAUCGUCAGUCCCGCAGUGGCGGUUCCAGGUACGGACCACCAGUGCGCACAGAGCACAGAAUCAUUGUGGAGAAUCUCUCCUCUCGCAUCAGCUGGCAGGACCUGAAAGACUUGAUGAGGAAGGUUGGAGAAGUGACCUUCGUGGAUGCACACAGAACCAAAAAGAAUGAAGGGGUGGUGGAGUUUGCUUCACACAGUGAUAUGAAGAAUGCCAUCGAGAAGCUUGAUGGAACUGACCUGAACGGGCGCAAACUCAAGCUGUAUGAGGAUCGCAAGAGGAACCGCAGCAGGAGUCGUUCCCGCAGCAGAAGCAGCUCUCGUUCUCGUUCCCCAAGCCGCAGUCGCAGCCCAGAGCGUGGAAGCAAGCGCUCUCGCAGUCGCUCCCUCAGUCGCACCCCAGAGAAGAAAUCCACCAGCAACCGCUCUCCUUCCCGCUCUCCAACUCCUCAGAGGAAACAGAGCCGCUCUCGAUCUGCCUCUGCAGAGAGUCAGCACUGAAACUAAGUGUGUAUGUAUGUAUGUAUGUGUGUGUGCGCGCGCGCGUGCGCGAGAGAGACUGAGCUUUUUCCACUUAUUAAUGUGGCAUAUGUCAUUGUGCUACUUUAGUGUAAAUUACUGAAUGUGAGUUGAGUAAAUGGAUGAGUGUGUGUGUGUGUGUGUGUGUGUGUGUGUGUGUGUGUGUGUGUGUGUGUGUGUGUGUGUGUGUGUGUGUGUGUGUGUGAGAGAAGAUGUUUUGGUUUAUUUCAAAUGCUGAAAAACUGGGUGGGUUUAACUGAUAAUGGAGUGGGAUAAGAUUUUUUCAGUGUGUUUUGAUUUAUUUUUUAUUUUUAUUAUUUGAUCAAUUUCAAUACUGGAGUACUUCUGUAGAAAAUCUUAAAUGUGAGUUUUGUUUUUCAAACUCACUUGUUAAUUUUUGUUUAGAGUCCAUAUGCUUGUUCAACAGAAGGAUAUGCCUGUAUAUACACCCUGUAAUAAAGUAUAUUGGUAUUUGGCAGA